UUUAAAAAUUUCAUGUUGGCGUCCACGAAUUCGUCAAACACGCGCUCAAGUCAUCGUUAGUGGCGAAAACUGACUAAUGACACGAGGUUUGUUUUUACAGUGAUUAGCAGGAUUAAAACCCUAUCACGCUGAUGAGGUCCGUGUGCCCCCAGUUAAUUACCGACACGGGUCACUUGACGGCUGACACGUGAACCAAGCGCGCGUUCUGAUUGGACAAUAGUGGUGAUUUGCAUACAUUACAAUAGGUGACAGUAACUGAACAGGGUCAUUUACAAAUUAACUUUCGCAGACAUAACUACUUUAUAAAUUAGUAGAAGGCAAUGAGUGUACGUGCAAAGAGACCUAGUUUGGCAGAAAAAAUGAAGAAAGCUUCCGAAAUCCAAACUCCCCUCAGAAAGGCUAACAAACCUCAGACAGAGAGGAAGAGAAGGGAGAGAAUCAACAAAUGUCUGGGACAACUUAAAUCCCUCGUCAUGAAAGCCACAGGCAAAGAUGAGAAGAAGUUUCCCCGGCUGGAGAAGGCAGACAUCCUGGAGAUGGCGGUCAAUCACCUGUACGCCAUGAACAGCAAGGACGGAAAACAAGAGACGAGAGAGCCAGACGACAGGUAUAGAGAGGGGUACAGCCGCUGUAUCAGCGAGGUCCUCCACUGUCUCCGAUCUGAGCAGAAGAUCGACAACGUCACCAAGACCAACCUCAUCAACCACUUCACCGUAUCCCUCCGCCAUCUCUCCGCCACCAAUCACAGCACGGGUUACGUCAACCAGGGGUUCGAACUCAGCAGCCACAGCGACAGUUCCUCCACUUCCGGCCAGCAGUUGUAUCCUAGCAACGUUCUGUGUCACGAGGGUGUCCAGGAAGUGCCGCCAUUCGUCCAACCUAAGUACGCCGAGGUCUACUUCCAGGAUCAGAACAUGUACAUGGACUUCUACAACGCCCCCCUCGAUGUCCGUCCAACGGAAGUGUAUUCCGCCAUCCCCGAUCGUGUGCCGACAGAGUUCCAGCCACCGCGCUCUCCCUUCCACUCAGACAUCGGUGUUCCUCUCCACACCUCCACCCCUGUAGCCAAGAAGAGACUCAGCGUGAUUCCCAGCUUCCCCGCUCUGGAGGACAUCAACCUCAGUGACUGUGUGACCACUUCCUCUUCCUCCGAUAGCGGAAGUUCCGCCGGGCCCUGGCGUCCAUGGUAACCAGUUACACUAGUGCUUCAAAAUGACUUAGUGCCAAUGAACGAUUCAAACCUUAUCUUUUGGUUUGUGUUGUUAUGUGAAUAGUACUAUUUAUUGAGUUUGUUUCGUUACUUGUUUAUUAGCUUGAUGUGUCCAAAUGAUUGAAAUAUAAAGUUUUUAAACAUG